AUGUCAUCAUAUGCUAUCACAUUCUGUCUGCCUCCCAUCCCAUGUUUUUUUCAACUUGCAUGUGUGGUUUGAAUGUGCAAGCAUUUGUGUGUGGUGUGUUCUGGAGUUUGGGAAUGUCUGCCCAUCAUCCAUGGAAUGGGAAGACUCCAACAGCAGCAACGGCAGCAGCGGCAAAGGCAACAGCAGGAGGAGAUGCAACUGCACCAACUGAUGGGGUCCUGGAAGCAGUCAAGAAAGUGCAGCAGCAGCAGAGACAUGGUGAGGUGCUUGCUGGUGUGGAUGCGAGUGCGGCAUGGGCUAAGGCUUCAUCAAAGAGUGGAGAGGCCGAUUGGGAGACAUGGCAUGAGAGGCUGUGUCAUGUGAACUUCCCUAUGCUACAGAAGUUGGUAAAGGAUGGGAGCCUGAAAGGCUUGGAGGUGAAAGGGGGAGUGAAGGAGAUUGGGAGCUGCCCUACAUGCUUGGAGACCAAGUUCUCCAAGUUCCCCUUCAACAGCACUACAGGACCAGCCAAGACCCCACUUGCACUUGUGCACAUGGAUGUGGUGGGGCCCACAAGAGCCCCUUCCCUCUCAGGCAGCCGCUAUUUCUUGACAAUUGUGGAUGACCACACUCGAGCAGUAUGUGGUAUGGUCGAUGAUGGUUGGCAGCCAGAGGGGGAGAUUGUUGUGUGAUGUCAUCAUAUGCUAUCACAUUCUGUCUGCCUCCCAUCCCAUGUUUUUUUCAACUUGCAUGUGUGGUUUGAAUGUGCAAGCAUUUGUGUGUGGUGUGUUCUGGAGUUUGGGAAUGUGUUUUGUGUUAUUCUGUCUGAGCAGGUAUUUGUGAUAAUAGAUCUUGAGAAGAUCU